AUGCACAGGAGACUAGCCACAGAACCCCUUCGAGCUUCCUCGCCAUGGCUGGCUCAUAUAAAUCGAGCCCCAUCUCCUGCAAGUUUGGCAGCAGAGUUUCCGGAUCUAGAUGGCUGCCGUCUCCACAGUCGGAUCAGUGAACAGAGUGCCUGUGCAGUUGAGUCGGCCUGGCUCCGGCUCCAGCUCCAGCGCCCAGCUUCCGGCCGCCGCCUUCUUCGGGACCAACUUGAAGCGAGUGACGCCCAGCCUCGCUCAACGGAGUACCUCCGCCUCUUCUUUCAGGGUGCUCGCCGCCGACCUCGAUGAGUCGAAGGAGACCGGCGGGGAUCGGUGGGCCCACCUCGGCACCGACACCUCCGACGACCAGCAAGACAUCACCCGGGGCAAGGGCCUGGUCGACUCUCUCUUCCAGGCCCCCAUGGGCGACGGCACCCACAUCCCCGUCAUGACCUCCUACGAGUACAUCAGUCAGGGCCUCCGCACGUACGACAUCGACAACAUGAAGGAUGGCUUCUACAUCGCCCGAGGUUUCAUGGACAAGCUGGUGGUGCACAUCACCAAGAACUUCAUGAAUCUCCCAAACAUCAAGGUUCCUCUGAUUUUGGGCAUCUGGGGAGGCAAAGGUCAGGGCAAGUCGUUCCAGUGUGAGCUUGUGUUUGCCAAGAUGGGGAUCAACCCGAUCAUGAUGAGCGCGGGAGAGCUGGAGAGCGGCAACGCUGGCGAGCCUGCGAAGCUGAUCCGGCAGCGGUAUCGCGAAGCUGCGGACCUCAUCAGGAAGGGGAAGAUGUGCUGCCUGUUUAUCAACGACCUGGACGCCGGCGCGGGCCGCCUCGGCGGCACCACCCAGUACACCGUCAACAACCAGAUGGUGAACGCCACGCUGAUGAACAUCGCGGACAACCCCACCAACGUGCAGCUGCCGGGGAUGUACAACAAGCAGGAGAACCCCCGCGUCCCCAUCAUCGUCACCGGCAACGACUUCUCCACCCUGUACGCGCCGCUGAUCCGAGACGGCCGCAUGGAGAAAUUCUACUGGGCGCCGACGAGGGAGGACCGGAUAGGGGUGUGCACCGGCAUCUUCAGGACCGACAACGUGCCCGUGGAGGACAUCGUCAAGCUCGUCGAUUCCUUCCCCGGCCAAUCCAUCGACUUCUUCGGCGCUCUCCGAGCGAGAGUCUACGACGACGAGGUGCGAAAGUGGGUGUCGGGCAUCGGCGUGGACAGCGUGGGGAAGAAGUUGGUGAACUCUCUCGAGGGUCCGCCUACAUUCGAUCAGCCGCCGAUGAGCCUGGACAAGCUGAUGGAGUACGGGCAGAUGCUGGUGAAGGAGCAGGAGAACGUGAAGAGGGUGCAGCUCGCCGACAAGUACUUGAGCGAGGCCGCCCUCGGAGACGCAAACGCCGACGCCAUCAGCUCCGGCGACUUCUUCUCUAGCACCCUGUGAGAUUCCCAAGCCGCCAUGGAAGACGGCUUUGAGAGAAAAGGCCUGUAAUAUAAUUCCAGACUUUUUUCACUUAUUUCUACGCUCUUGAAUGCUUUUUAGUAGAACGUAACCUACUUGUGUAUAUCUAUGUUUUUUUUUGUUUUUGAGUUUUUAGAAGAAUAUUUUAUAUGCGAUCA